AUGGCCGACGCUCGCCUACUGGAGGACGUCGAAAAGAUCGCUACGCGGCCGGAUAUCCUGAUCAUUGGCGACUUUAACCCGCUUCAUACUGACUGGAGCUCAACCCAUGCAAAUACCUCAGAACAAACCUUCGAUGGGAGUUUUCUGAACACGGCACCGAAGUUAUUUCCCACUCAACACGUCAUGUUGCCAACUAGAGUACGCGAAGGCCAACUGACCAACUGUCUUGAUCUUGUCCUUAGGAAAUCACAGGACAGCAUAUAUGAGGUGUCAUGUCUACCCCCCUAAGGUAAAAAUGACCACGUCGUUCUUCUAUGGGAUAACUCGCUUUUUCCCAUGGCAGAGAAACUCGUGACAGUUAGAAGAAACCUUUGUCGCGGGAAUUUCGAUUAAGUGAGUGCUGAAAUUCCACGCAUGGCGUGGCGGUCCGUAUUUGUUGGAAGCAUACUCAAGGACUGGUAACGGCUCCGACAAAUGCUACAGAUGCUGAUUGCAAACCACUGUCCACUUUCACGGAAGAGGUCAACUAACAGACCUCGAUGGCUUACACAAGCCUUGAGGAACGAAGUGAAUAAAAAACGAAGGCUGUGGAAAAAAUCGUUUUCUGACAGGAGCCCCACAUCUAUAUGUGAGUAUAAAGUUCACAGAAAUCGAGUCAAGGGCCUUAUCCUCAAAACUAGAAGGAAAUUCGAACAGGAUCUGUUUAACCGUACCGCGGAUAACCCUAAAUUGUUCUACGGCUACAUAAAGCUGUGCACGCCGAAAAAGAACCCAAUACCACUGCUAAAGGUUGCUGGAUGCGAACAUCUCAAUGAAGACAGAGCGAAAGCUGGUCACCUUUCAAAUUUUUUUUCAGUCUUUCUUUAGUAGCGAAAUAGGGUUUAGCCCUUCGGUCCUUCAACACUUCAAUGACAUCACAAUUAUGGAGACCGUUCCGUUCACUGAGGGUAUGGUUCUGGCGGAGUUGAUGAGGCUAUAGGAAUCAAACUCACCAGGCCACCAUGAGAUUCGGGUGAAGAUUUUGAAGGAAUUCGCCGAUGAUUUGGCUAAACCACUGUCAGUGCUUUUCCAUACAUCCUUCGAGACCGGAUAUCUGCCACCCGACUUGAAGUCGGCGUGGAUUACACCACUGUACAAGGGUGGAAGUCGGGUCUCUGCGAAUAGUUGCAGACCUGUCAGUCUCAGCUCCAUCUGCUGCAAGAUUAUGGAGAAAAUAACAAAGCAACAAUAAAUGCAGUUCCUUGAACAAAACCAUAUGCUCUCCGAUUCCCAUCAUGCAUUCCGAAAGGGCAGAUCCUGUGUAACAAACUUGCUGUGCUGUAUGGAAAACUGGACUCGGGCUGUUGAGGAAGGAGUUAUGAUGCAUGGUAUCUAUAUCGACUUUAAAAAGGCCUUCGACAGUGUGCCUCACCACCGCCUUCUACACAAUGUCAGCCGGACAGGAGUGCGAAGUAAGCUUCUGAUGUGGAUUCGAAGCUUUUUUUCGGCUGUUCUCAAGCCGCCCACUUCAAUGACCAGCAAUCUGCAGAGGUUUCCGAUAGGAGUGAUGUUCCCCAAGGCUCUGUUCUUGGCGCUACACUGUUCCUCGUAUACAUCAUCGACUGCGCAAACGAACUGGAUUGCGAUGUCGAAAUGUUUGCUGAUGACACAAAGAUUUGGAGUACCAUACGAAGCGAAGUUGACGAGGCGCGACUGCAGACAAAUUUAGACCACCUCGAGCAAUGGUCAAAAGACUGGCUUUACCGUUCAACGUAAACAAGUGUAACUUCCUACGCUUCCGCGGAACCAGUUAUCCUAACCGCACGGUCUGCCGUCUGACUGGCAAACCACUGCAAGAAGUCGUCGCCCAGAACAACUUGGGUGUAUGGAUAACAACCUCGCUUAAGCCUUCGCUGCGAUGUUCAAAGGUAGCCAAGUCAGCGACGUCCAUUCUGUACCUAGUCAAACGGGCGUUCUCUUCCUUUGAUGAAGACUGUUUCGCCAAAGUCUUUCGUACUUCGUGCGAUCGCAUCGGGAGUUUGCUAUCCAAGCAUGGAGACCCUGGACCGCUAAAGACGUCGGCAUACUCGAAGAAGUUCAACGGCGAGCAACGACACUUGUAUCUGGGCCGUGGUCACUACCGUACGAAAGACGAUAACGUUAUCUGGACCUCUUUCCUUUGAGUUACAGACAGUUACGUGGGAACCUGAUACAAGCUUUCCGCAUCGUGCGCAAUCAGGGCCGCUGCCUCGCACCUGGAGACUUCUUCGAGUUGGCAACUACGACUAACCUGUAGGGCAAUCCACCCAAACUACGUGUGAAGGGUGCCCGGCUAGACACACGACAGUUCUUCUUCUCCAACAGAGUGGUAGCAGCUUGGAGUGCUUUGUCUGAGGAUGUUGUUAUGUCGGGAUCCGUAGACGCUUUUAAAUGGAAGCUACAUCAACAUUGGAGCGCGCAACAAAAUAACGCCGGACUACAGCAACCUUGAUAGCCAACGUUGACAAUUUACUGUUAUGAUGAUGCUACUUCCAACAUUCAAGUAACACAAGUUUAUGUAAUUUAUUAACUUCGAACAACGUCGCACACCGCUGCUCGCGUUCACCACGAUGCAUGCAGACUAAAAAAUCGUUAACUUCUUUAUCUGUAUCUUAGGUGUGCUUUAGCUAUAUGCUGCAUUUGAUCAACAAGCCGAGUUCAUAUGCCUAUAGAUGCUGUUAACGCAUGUGUUAAUCUGUACAGUUUUUGUUAUUCCCCUUGUAUUUUUUCAUGUUACUUCCCUUCCAUUUUCUCCAUAUACUUCCUCUGCAUGUAACCAAUGGAGAAUUCAAAGGUACACACCUACUUUCCCUGAAAUAAACUGAUACUGAUACUGAAUCCAGUCACUGCAACGUCGUUGGGUGUAUCCAAGGUUUUUCUCAGCUGCCCCAUAGAUUGAUGUCUGCAGUGACGACCACUGGGUACUGCCAUCUCCGUUCUCUCGUGUCGUGAAACAAAUCCGGAUUUCUCUGCUCAGGGCCUCCGCAGUUCUGGCUUGCCGGAUUUCUGCGACAUAGAAGCAUCUAGGAUGUGGCAUUUUUGGCGCGGAUGAGAGAUGAAUUUUCAAGCUUGUACGAACGAGAACAUGGUCCGACCCAUGGGCGUUACCAGUCUCGGCACCACGCAUCGAUCUGCUAUCGCAAACCCAGCUGCAGAACCCUGAACUGACUAGUAUGUAAUCAGUCUGAGUGGCCGUAUGACCGUCGUCUGAAUACCAGGUCAGCAGAUUUUUUGCGACGCUGGAAACAUGUGUUGGUGACAAGCAGUCGUUUUUGAUCAGCGAAAUUCAUCAAUCUCUCACCAUUUUUACACGAGGAACCAAUUCCAAAGCGACCAGGUUCAGUUCGACCAGUCAGAUCGCCAGCAACAAUCAGCAAAUUACGGCAAGGCAGUUCUUCAACUAACGCUUGCAACUACGAGUAAAACGCCUCUUUAUCGUGCUGUUCGGCAGCCUAAGUUGAUGUGUACACAGAGACCCUUCAGUCGCAAGUAGGCCAUCCGGUCAUUGACUGGUUCCCAAGCAAGUUGCGUGAGGUCCGCUUGUUGCGAUAGGGCGAUCGCCACACCGUGUCGACCGGAAGAGUCGCGCGGGUACAUGUGGUACAGGGUGAAGUGUGAUUCGACUCCCGGGGUCUUUAUUACGCUGGAAUCUGAGUCAGGAAGUCGAACUUCAGAUGGCAGACAUCCACGUUGUACUGAUCGAGGCUGCGUGCGGUCAGACUUUGGGUAACGGGGUCCAGGAACUUUCGCACAUUCCAACAUCCAAUACCAAGAGUCCGUCCCCGAUUGAGUAGUCUAGUUCGCAUGCUACUCUUCCACAUCAAUGGAUCAGGGUUGCGGAGCUCGUCGGUUUCCACGGACGUCGUAGCAUGGAUCGUAAUACUGUAAUCGGACAUACUUCAUGAGGUUUCUUGGGAAUUUCGAAUACGGGGGGUCCCCAACAGCCGCUCUGAUUGCUUAUUCGAGGUUGUAUCCUCUAGCGCUUUUGCUUAGGAGCCUAACCACAAGGCAGUAAUGUCAAGCAAACUUAUUUAAUGGCGGUUAAAGGUCGCCACGUCAUAAUGCCGUCAUUGGGCUUUGCGGCUUUUUAUAAGGCAUUCAGCGCAUCAGACCUCAGCCCAUCGAACCCAGGUAGCGCUGUCGUUGCUGGUCCGCGACUGCUUGUUCGUCAGACCUGGGUCUGCUUAGUUCGCAGCCGACCUUCACUGACGGUCGUCCCACUAUCCGCCACCAGUGGACGGGCAGGGUAGCCAUCAGGUAGGCUAACGGACAAAUUUUCUCCCUUCGCUUCUUGUCCGACCUUAAGCCAUCCUAUACUUCGAUUUCUAUCGGGCACUUCAUUGUAUAUCUUUGACGAAAUUGACGGCUGAUAUACCUGGAAAUGUAACUUAUAAAUACGAAUCAUGACUCCGUUAAGUUAAACGUUCCCGCGUCAGAUGACUAUUAGUUGUGUCUUGAUUGGCCAUAAACCCUUACCUCUGCAGCUCCGCUCCCCCCCCCCCCACUCUUAUAUAUGUCCUGCCUUGUUAGUAAUAUUUUCUGACUACUGGGGUUGAUCUCUUGUAGUUCGUCAUUCUUUCUCCACUUUCAUACAAAGAGCCUUCUCCAACGUUUCUGUUCUGAUCGUUCCGGUCGCAGCGAACGAAUCUGGUUAACAUACUGAACGUUGAAUUAUCCAUAUAAAUGAAUGAGAUCCACACUGCAAACACUGAGGAAUUCAAAACCCAAACUUGAACCAUGCAUUUAUUACCGCGCAACUUGAACAAAAUUAGACACAGUAAGCCAUUAUGGCCCAUUUGUGCGCUGCAGCGUGGUCUCUUCUCGCCGCGCUUUCUACAUAAGCUGUGCGCCAAUGUAAUAGUAAGUCCAUUCGGCAGCUAUUUGUUUGCCAUAAAGCCUAACUGAAAAUCCCAUAGGUGCGCCUUCCCUCAAUUGAAUGUUUUGUUUAAUGUUCAUGAAAGAUUAUUAUCUUCUAUUGGUGAUAAUUCGAGGAUAUAUCCUCGAAUUACAUUCGACACUUAACAUUUACCAAAGUGUUUACAUCGGCUUACACAAGUAGCAGGAUCGGUAAAAAGACUUAGUUGGUUAUAAUUACCCAGCAUCGUAGUUCAGGGGUUGUCUAUCGAAUAUGCCUUGAUGUAUUCAUGCCGUGCUCGAUUGCGGAUAUGUUGCCAAUUAAUAACAGAAGUUGUCCGCGGAAAACUACACGCCCUAAAAGGAAGCAUAAGGCUGGUAGACACCAGAACCAUGUGUUUAUUUAUUUGAGCUCGACCAGUCUUGUUUUUCCUUACUUAUGUAGACAUCUGAAAUCCGAGCACUUUUCUCGAUUCGUGAGUUGCGCUUUUGAAAGUUCGAAACCGCAGAUAAAAACCAUUCUCAAGCCAACGAGUUUAGAAUAGAAAAUAGGCGGUCUGCAUGGGUUAAUGUGUCUGUUUGACUAUCUGGGGAAUUUGAAAUGGCCUACCUUUGUCAGUUAGUUUUUUUUCCACAAACUACAAAGCUUCUAUUUUCCUACUUCGUGUCUAAUUCGCCCUGUCCUCCCAGUUAUGUGUAGCAGAUAUGUAGAUGAUCACGUCAAAGCGACCAAAUAUUAACCUUGCCGUUGUUGCCGGUCAAUAUUUGAGCUUCACUUAGCAUGAACUGAGUAGGCUAUGCGCCCAUAGCCCUCCUAAUCCGGUCGAUCGACAUUAUACGUUAGUUAGAUUGCUUUCUGCUCCAUAGCCCAUCCAUCUAAUUAAACCUACCUCCACUCUAUCCAAUUGCUUUCUUUUCUGUAGCGUUAUUUGGCAUAUACUAAUAAUGCGAUGUAACGGUUGCGGCGACGAGAACCUAAUUCUUGAUGAGUCUUCUGGGCGGUACGUAUGCACCUCUUGUUGGCAGGUUACCGAGUACUUUGAAGGCCUAACUCAGGUAAGGACGUGCACUUUCAUCUCCUUGAAACCAUCUCGGUUAGGACAACUCCUUCUUCUUUCAACUUUCCCUCUCCUUUAGGAACCAAAUGAGUUGGUGAAUCUGCGUGGUCUGCGUAUGGUGCACCAAGCAUCCAGUGUCAGUGUCGUUCCGUCAGCAUCUCAGUUCUCCUACCAAGAAGUUGUGACUAAACCGGAACCCUUAUUCCAGGAGUCUCAACAGCACCUUAAGAUCGAAUCUCCCCCCACCUCCCCCCACUCCUUCCUCCAUGUUCCCCAAGCCGACGACGACAAUGUGGCUAAACAUGAGGAUCUGAAGGAGGAAAAUGCGGACGGGGAACACGUUUCUGCCAAACGGCCGAAACCAUCAAAACGCAAAGAAAGCAAACGCAGUUGGCGUCUUAGCGAACCGUUUACUGUACGUGUUUCGCCGUUUAGCAUUUUUCAUGCAACAACGCAUCCUGUAGAAAUCUUAAUGGGACGUGACAAUAUAUGCUUGCUUUAGACUGGGAAUUCCGCCUAAUUUGUACACUAAAAAGUGACACUUAGGAUACUUAACCUUACGAUCUCCAUUUCGGAACAAUAGGUUAGCUACAAUUCCGUCUGCUCUUAAGAAACGGAGUACCCGAGCGAAAGUAUCAUUGCUUUCCAGUGGUGUCGUAAACUCAUAGGCCGAUCAAUGAGUAUUGACCAUACUUUCGAAUAAAUUGGAAGAACCAGCCGCACGCCAUGGUGUUUCUGAAAAACGAUAGGUUACAUACAAUUGUUCCCCUUUUGAGAUGGGGUCCUUCGCUCGAAGUAAAACCACCACCACCACCACCACGACAGGCUGUCUUCUCCUGCCUCUCCACGAGUAAACUUCUGAUAAAGUCGUCCAAUUUCGUAGUUAUUUUCGGUAACAAGGGUGUCAUCCACAUAGCAAUGUCACAUUUUGAGCUUAAGACUUAAAACAGCGUCUUCUAGUCGUUGUAAGACUAAUUCAGUAAGUAUUUCUGAUAAUGGGCAGCCAGUGUGGAUUCUGUUAACCUGUUAAUAGUACUCAUAGUCGGACUGACGGUGGUUCCUAAGACGGAGUUUGGGAAUUUUUGAAACAUGAUGUCUUGCGGUGUCAAGAGGACUGUCCUGUUUUGCAAAUAAUUUUGCAAAUUGUUAGACGAAGGUUUUGGAGUUAGGUGCCCGAAACAUGACUUUGCAGGAUCAGCUCCGAAAUUGCAAUGAACGUUUGCGUCGAAGACGACCAGCUUCUGCGUAAUACGCCUUCUACAGACAUUUAGUGCUGCUAGUUUGCGCAGUUGUAUAUUACGAUGAGUUCGGAUGGGUGCCAUCCGAAAGCCCAGACACGCGUUCAGCCGCUGUCUAACGCAACUGCCACGGGUUCAGUUCCUCAUGGGGUCCACAAACGUUUGCGGUGAGGUCUUUGAUAUAUGCUGAGCUAAUUAUUUAUCAAAUUGUCAGGUGAAGAACUUGAAGUCAAGUUCCCGAGACAUGACUUUUAGUAUACCAGUUGUUCACCUUACCUCCCUCGUAACCCUAGGCUCUACUAAGAAUCCAGCUAAAUGAGAUUAUCCGGACAUACUUCAGGAAGGUGAAGGAGGAGGAGAGGGAUCAGGAUGGAGAGCUAUUGCGCAAGACCGCUUGGUGUCUCUGGACCAAUUACCUUGCUAUUACAGGCGAACUUGGCGCCAAGGCCUGGGCACUGGCCUUUCGUCAAGUCUCAACAGCCGGUUGUCAGCUUCUUCACUCUCGUGAGUCUUUCAUCUCCACCUCGGUCUCCAGCAAAAGCUGCCGCUCUAAAGAGCCCCAGCCGCCGGAGAGCAAGAAACAGGCGUGUCCAUAUCCUCCACCUGCCGACGAAUGUGCCGGUCCGCAGCCCAUUGCUGCGGACUUGGCCAUGAUCAUGGUUAACUCUAUUUGGCUGAACAUGCAAUUCCACACGAAGGGCUUCCACUGGGCUGGCUGGGGCCAGAUUUACAAUCCCACGGAGGCCGCUGGCCUGACUUUUCACCUCUUUGGUCCUGAGCCAGAGUAAGUAUUCGACUUGCCUUAAAUGGCUUUUGGUGCGGUUGAGGGUUUUGUGCCCUCGCGAUAGUCGGUAGAGUUUAACGUUAGUUCUGCUUCUCAGAUCUGUACGAUUCUCCUCCCACACCUAAUAUCUUUCACCGCGGACAAAAUCAAGACUAUUUGACACUGGUUGACAUGGCAACCUCACGCCUGCAGGUGUCACACACGCCCUGCCUCCCACACUCAGAUAAGGUCGACUUUAAAAGGCGCAUUGGACGUCGUAAAAGAAGAUUUAUUAAGGCUUGACGCCCAGUCCGAAGGAAGCCAACGCUUUGCAAUCCCGCAGGCAACGACUGGUAACGCAUGGUGAUAGGUUAUGUAACGAGGUGAUGGAUCCCAGUCCGGUCUACCUCAAUUUCCUCACCUGCGUAAUUCCAAGAGUAGCCCAACCAUCUGGCGGAUGCCGCGGGCCUGUUUAUUUUUGCUGCAGCGUAGCUGGUUCUCGAGAUCCAUCUAUAUGAGUCGCAGCUGUGAAAUACCAGCGAUUUGAGUCAUGUAUCCCCCCGCUGCCUCCUAAUUUAGUUCAACCACAUUUCGUAGGACGAAUGCGCAUUAUUUUGUCCUUAUAGCUUCCCGUUUUGUAAGAAAUCACUUCUUCCUCCAUUGUUUGUUCCCGUUCUUCCCCUCCUGCUCCCUUACUCCACUUUCUUUUUCUUCUUCUUCUUCUUCUUCUUCUUCUUCUUCUUCUUCUUAUUAUUAUUAUUAUUAUUAUUAUUAUUAUUAUUAUUUGGUAAUUCACAGGUGUUAUGGAAGAUUUAAAAUAAUUCAUUUUGACCUUACUGUGAAAAACUCGAUGCCUCUGUGGGAUUCGAACCCACGACAGCAAGCGGGAGCUUUAGUACAGCCAACUCUUUAGCCACCUGAGCCACGAGGCCCCACCGGACGUUGCGAGUUUAGUCACAUUUGGGUCAGGUUUACUCGCCCAACCCACUGCAACGUCUGGAAUCUGUCAAAUCUGAUACAGUAAGUUGAUUGCCCAAGCAGGAUUCUCUAAGUAAUCCAUAUAGAAUCCACCAGAUGACUACCAGGCUCACGUAAUUCAUAGAUGUUUUGACAGAUAUUGAAUUGUUCAUAUCGACCCAACGCCUAUGAAUUACGAGAGCCUGAUAGUCAUCUGGUGGAUUCUAGAUGUAUUACUUAGGAACCCCUGCUUAGACAGUCAGCCUACUGUAUCAGAUUUGGUGGAUUCCAGACGUUGCAGUAGGUUGGGCGGGUAACUUGACCCAAACUUGAUUGAACUCACGUCGUCCGGUGGGGCCUCGUAGCUCAGAUGGUUAGAGAAUUGGCUGUACUAAAGCCUCACCUUGCUGUUGUGGGUUCGAAUCCCACCGAGCCACUCGAGUUUUUCGCACUCUGUAUCUCUUCAAAAAACGCGUAACGUUCCUGAAUGUCGGGCUGAAUGUGGAUCUCACUGCUUGCUUUUCGUUGGGAACAUUAACAACUCCCUGACUAUCAGACAACGCUGCGCUUAUCCAGCCGUUCCAAUUGCUCGGUUUCUUUCAGUGCAGCCACUUUGCACUUCCUUAUUAGUAAGACUGUGGUAACGGCGUCAUCAGAUGGUAACGUAAGAAGUACGCACAUACCCCAGCAUUAUUGACUGCCCAGUCGUCAUGCAACCCCUAGAACUAGCACUUCGGCCGUUCAUGCACUCGCACCUGUGAUGGUCCAUUUCGUGUUUUUUGGCACUAAGGAAUCUGACCGCCUUGAAAAAAAAACGACUAAACCUUGCUGAGUUUCUCUUUUGCAUCACCUGACACACUGACAUUGCACCAUGCUUAGGAUGAAACACCAAUGGUCCGAAGGCCGGGCCACCCUCGUGAUGCCCAAUAAACCUGAAACGGCUGUGUGCGCGUCUCCCCUGAUUGUCUUCUGACCCCAUUGCCACUGACUGAUGCACAAUCGUGGAUGCUUGUUCCUUCUUGUCCGUCCCGACCCUACGUGAUGAUGAUUUCUUUUUAAGCCUACUCUUCAGAUGCCUGCCUUGACUUCCAUCAUGAUGCUUUGGAGCUUAUCAAAUAGGGACCGCUCUCAAGCAGGUCGAAAGCACCUCUUGGCUGCGAAGAAACUUGCUGCUUUGCCUUUUUUCCCUAUCAACUUUUCUAAACCACUGCAUGUCGAUCGGUUAUGUUUAGGCCUCAGCCUGAAUUAGAUGAAAAUUCUUACUCAUCAGAUGAAGACUGCAAGGAAGAGAAGAGCCCAGUAAAGAGCAAGCCUGUGACGCCGGCUCGCCGCAGUAUCAACGGUAGGCUUGACCCGCCUGCCCCAGCGGACGAACUGCUAAGCCUCUGCAGCAUCGACACGGACCUCGCCUCGCUUCAACAAUAUUGGGCAGAACUGAUUAUUGACAAAAUGUGAGUAGUCUGUUUUUAGUACCUGAUGGUAUUCUUAGGUCAAAGAAGUCACUAGGCGAAGAGGUCUUUUGGCGUGGCCAAGUUGACCAUAUCGGUGAUCGGCUCUUGAUGGAGUGCAAUUUGAGCCUGCUCUUUCUGGCCUCCCUCCUCGCCUUUUCAAAACCGCCGGCGCCGCCGCCGCCAGCGGCGAACCUGGACCCCGAUAGCCCACUGCAACCGACCUGUAAACGCGGCCUUCUUACACUCCGGGAUUUACAAUGUAUUUGUGCGGAAAAGAGGUUUCCUUUCCUAGCGGUUAGUUCAUAUUUGUUCUGCCUUUGUCCACACUCCAUUUUUUCUAGCCUUUUGAACUAUGUUUUCGUUUGAUGUUUCAUCUUACUUUACCGAUGUUCCCCUCACGGAUACCGUCGAGCACCUGCCAAACUUCCCCAGUGUGGCAAAUUGUGAAAUCGACACACCGCUGAGUAGUUUAAGAAAACUACUCUAAGUUCACAAGUUCCAGUCAACAGACCCCCUCUUAGACAAACCGAUAGACUGGCCAACGGGUCUCCGUUACGAUUUCUGUAUACAUGGGGCGAAAAUUUGGCAUAAAAGGCCGUUUCAAAUCAAUUCUCUAUGUCUGCAGCUACAAUGUUGGACAACUCGAUGCCUUUGCAAGAAGAUCAUAAGAUACCUUCCGGCUUGGACGGUAAGGACUGACACAACAACCGCCUCCACUCCAGUUCCUGUUACAUCUAGCCGACAUAGGUCAUCGUGCGGACACUGAUCAGACUUUUUAAGGGCCCUUUCAGGUGGCGGCUUGUUACUCAGUAACUGCAAUGACGCCUCUGCAUCAUCGGCCGCCUUCUGGAUAUGAUCACAACCACUCAUAAAUAUUAAUCUGUAUUCCAACAUCUGGCCUGUCUCAGCGUAACAAAGAAGUACCAUAAACGCACUUUCGGUGAGAUUGUCUUCGGGCCAACAAAAGGAUUUUUUGGCGGAUGAUUCGUUCUGAAGUGGCGAUUAGCAACAUAUGUAUAGGGGUCUGAGUCGAUGUAAUCAUUGCAAUGACCGGCUUUUUUCUGUUUUACUCUGUGUUUCUCCACUGACAUAAACUUUACGACAUCGCCUGUUGCUACGCUUGAUCAAACCCGUCGUCUUUAAAACUGUGUUUCGAAAAACAUCCUAUUUCUUUUCUGGCGCUCUCUGCUUUUUGCAUCUCGUAGCCUAAGGUCUAUGUGUUGUCAUUUUCCAACAAACUGCAGAUCGACAAUUUCCUCGGGGGUUUCCCGAUCUUCGAUCAGGGCUUGGACGUACUGUUUCAACGGAGGCGUCUGCCCAGCGCUGAGUGUCUAGCGCGCGUGACGGUUGUACUUAUCCACAUGUUGGGCAUACACCACCGACCAAGGUUAGGAAAUUACUUCGGUUUUGCAUGUGCCUACUCACACAGUUUAAGUAACUGUUUACUUUGAAUUUAGACUCCCACUGUGCUACAUGGUCCACCGCUUCCUCAAUGAACUGGGCUUGCCAGUGGCCGUGCACGAAAUAGCCAACAGCCUGAUUUCCCGGCUAGGGCGUGCCGUCGAGCGGGCCGCGCACAAUUCAAGACAGGGUCUGCAUUACUUCCUUCCACUGAAGCGCUACGUGCGCGGCGAAGUCUUUGCCAUGGCUGUGAUUGUCGUGCUCGUGCGAAUGUUGUUUAAACUGGACGACUGUUACGAGGUAGGUGAGUUACAGUCAGGACUUAGCCAUGCCGAGGGUUGCCUUCAUUUCAGUAUGAAAGACAGUGUAACAGCUUGUCCUGACUCACGGUAUAUAUGCUAUCUCAUGAAAUACUGACUGAAAUUCUGAAAUGUGUUUUAAAUUUGAAAAGAUUACUUACAUAUUGUUGUCAUAUUAAUUAUCAUGUCGCCUAUUGUUUAGAUGUACGAAUCCCGCUCGAGCCCUUGUAGCUGAGGUGGUUAGGGCGUUGGAUGUGCUAGCACUUGCUGUCAUUGGUUCGAAUCCCACCAAGAUUGCCGAGCUUUUCACCAAUCCUAGAUCAACUUUCGGGAAUUGCUUUAUGCCGAAAGCCAAUGAGCGAAUACAUAUGGCGGACCCGCUGGUUGGCCGAAAUUCUUGCAGUAGGUGCAGAACAUUGGCAAAUCACGGACUUUAUAUCCAUAUAAAUGCUCAAUUGGAAACUGCACUCAUUACCCCAAAUAAUCGACAAGGUUACAGGUUCAUUUGAAGAAGAAAAUAGGCUCUCCGGAACAGGUUUAUUUAACUGCUGACUUUUCAAAGAGCUGGGUCGGCUCUUCAUUGUCAAAGCGUAAAAUGCACUUAUUCGAUCAGAAAUGUCAAGUGGCGUGUUGUGUUGCUCGGCCUCAUGCUGAUCGAUUUUUCUCUUCUCUCGCUGCCUCGGCCUCUCGGGAGAUGGUUGAGGGGCGUUUUGCCGGUGUGCUUUGUGAGUCACCACUCCGUCGAGGGGAGCUGAGCGAACCUCUGUCGGGCGGUCGAUCUGGCGGUUCUUGUUCUUCCUCACCGCGUAAACUCAACGUCAGGCUAUCUCCGUAGGGCCUUCUUAAGUCCGGCGUGGUUGUUUGGUCCUGAGCUCUACGAUUGUAAUGACAUAGGACUUUGUAAGCUGCGGGAAGGUCCAGAUGCCUGUUGAUAGAGUGGGCAUCGGAGAACCACGCCUCGAGAAUUAGCCGUUCUGCUUUUGUGUUGCCUCGGCCUAAGAUGGUAGCCCUCUGGAGGUCAAAAGUAUGCCCAGUUUCUCCAACGUGUGUUGCUAGUUGAGAGUUAGGGUCAAACCUCCGAGUGGCCGAUUUGUGCUCUUGUAGGCGAGUUUGCAAUUUCCACCCAGUUUCGCCCACGUAGUUGCAGUCGCCCUCAUUACAAGUUAUUUUGUGAAUGACUGCUGAGGUUUCAGCGGGUGGCAAUGGGUCCUUGGGUUGCAUCAGGCGACGUCAAAUUGUUGCUUGGGGUCAAUGGGCUAUGCCUACUCUGGUGGGUUGUAACAGUCGCGCGACCGCUUCAGAGACCCCUUUCGCGUAGGGAAUGGCCCUCCAGACCUCGGGUUGCUGUUCAUCUGGCCGUCGUCUGGGCGCCCAACGUCAGCAGUUAAAUAAACCUGUUCCGGAGAGCCUUUUUUGUUCUUCAAAUAAUCUUCCCGGAUCUCUCAACUUUGCCAAUCGUUACAUGUUCAAGACAGCUUUUUUUACACCCGACAACGUCCACCCUGUGCUCCACAGCAGGGUAGAAGCAGGGUGAAGCGGGCACGGUGACUUGCGUGCGAAUUGGUUUAUAGUGAUAGUAGACUUACGCAGCAUCUAUCGCACUCACUCCUGUCCCACACCUGGGCCCGGUGUCAAGACACAGUGAAGAAGCCCGGAGGCGGGAGAGAGCGCAGGUGGUUCGCAAAGUCAAAACCCGCCCCUAGGCGUACCACCGCAUCCUUUUGUCCAUAACAAACACUUAGCCAAGAUUUUAUACACCAAGAAAAUGGUGGGUAGUACGGAUCCCAGUCGGCGCGUUAUGGGCCUGCACGUUGGCGUGCCAAUACACCCCACUGUUAGCAUUUGUCAUUGGCGCACAUUGCCGAUAACGCCUGUCCACUGUGUUGGUUCGGCGCAUCUGUCGCGCGAUCCGUUUUAGUGUGCUGGGAUAAUAUCCAUAUAAACCCUUAGUCGUAAAUUGCACCCUUUUAAGUAGAAUAUUGAUAUAACUGAUUUUUUUCACACACGCACGCACAACUACUGCAUGGCUGCUUCUUUUUCUCAGUACCGCUGGAGUGCCGUUGCCGAGUUCCUGGCCGAUCAUCCGGCAAAGCGAAGUCUUCUAAGCAGCCUUCUGCGUCGAACAACACCCCAAAGGCCGGACUUCCUGUGGACGCGUUGGGUGAAGUGGGCGGAGGAGAAGCACAGUGCACGGCUGCAGCCACGGACGACUACGCGGACUACGGGCGACCCCAUCAACCAGCCAGUUUCAUUUGCCGAUCUCCUGCUUCUUCAGGACGCCGGCGAAUUUCUGGGCUCGUCUGAAUUUUUGUCCGGGUUUGACGUUGGGUGGGGCGAGACGCAGGCAUCAAACGCAUCUGUUGCUACGGUAGUCUCUGUUUCCGAUUCUAUUGCCUGCCUUCUAGUCAGAUAUGCUGAACUGCUACUACUACUAAUAGUACUGCUACUAUUGCUACCGCUGUUGGCGUUAUUUCAACUACUAAAACUAUUACUGCUCUUGCUACUACUACUGCCGCUGCUGCUGCUGCUAACACCGGCCAUUACUGCUGCUACCAUUACAUUAAUAAUAAUACUAGUAGCGACAAUAUUACUGCCAAUAAUCUUGCCAUUGCCACUCCUGAUGCUACUCCCAUUAAUACCACUGCCACGUUCACCGCGACCGGCCUUUGUGUACAUCUGUAUCCAACCGAGACAGACUUUCCAUCGUGAGGCCUCGAGGAUAAAAGAAGCAGAUCCACAGUUUCUUGGAUGCCGCCUACUCAAUGCAAGUGCACCGCAAUAACUACUAUAGUCCCCCGCCGUGAUAGGUGUCCGCUAACUCCGGAUGUGAGUCACAUGUGCGUUAAGCGAGCUCUGGAGUUGGCCAGCCGGGUGAUAGGUGUUGUGUGUGCUCGUGCCCGAACCACUAUCAAUACCACCACCAAUACCACCACUACUGCUAGUACUACUACAACUACUACUACCAAUUCUACUACUACUACUACUCUAGUUUCCCGAGUUCACCAACCGACUCUGGGCCACAUGUGCAUUAAGCGAGUUCUGGGGCUCCGAUGACAGGUGUUGUGUGUUACCUUGUUACAGUAGAUGUGCUAACUCAUGAAAUGUUAGCCGAAAUUAUAAAAUGCGUCUUCGACUCGAAGAGGUUACUUAAAUAGGGCUAUAAUAUUAAUCACCGUGCAGAAUAGUCCCGUAAUAAUGCAUUUACUUCGGGGUGUCGGCAUCCGGACGGACUUCUUUCCGGACGCAUGCAAAAACCACACUGUGCGAUGAAUGACUACUUAAGUAGCAUUAACUGUUCUCAUUGAUUUUCGAUGUCCUUAAAAAUUCGAAUAUAUUUGGGGGGAAAACAUGCACAAAAUAUUCAUUCUUUUACUCAUUUGGUAGGAAAUUACGUUUUCUUUAAAUUUUGUGCUUGAUAGAAGGGUAUGAUUCAGUUUUAAAAAAGUUCCUAAUUAUGAGACUUUUUAAGACUGCGAAAUUCCCGUUCAUAAAAUGUCGUGUCUCUACAUUAACAAAUGUUGCUUGUAAAAUUUACAAUAUGGCUCAAAUCCACUGCUAACUUUUACGAACCUAAUAUUGUCUCCCCUUAAUAGCGUAGAGCAAUGCAUGGUUUCGUCCACGGAAAAUAUACAACUUGUAAUUUUGGAAGCCUCGAAUGCAAGUAUGGCAUCAGGUUGUGUUGAAAAUUGUUCGGGAGUUAGAAAAAUUCUUUAAAACGCAUUAUGCUCUUCCUUUAAGUGUAAAGUCUCAAGAAGACGCAAGUUCCUGCCGAAUGAGUAAAAGAAUGAAUAUUUUUAUGCAUGUUUUCUAUGAGAUAUAUCCAAGUUUAUAAGGGUAUGGAAAAUCAAUGAAAAAGCCCAUUCUACUUAAGUAGUCAUUUUUGUAGGUAGCCGGAAAGAAGCUUGUUCAAAAACCGGCAUCCUGAAUUAAUUGAAUUACACUGGUAUUAGACUGCACGGUGAUUGAUACUACAACCCUUUCCUAGGAAUCGUUCCGAGUCGAAAACGCAUUUCAGAAUUUCGGUAAACAUUCUAUGAGUUACCACAGUUGGGUGGCCAUUUAACUCAUGGCAGUCUGCCAGAACAGUCAUCAACUCAACUUUCCCUUUACCCGUGUUUUGGAUCUUAGAUUGCCCGCUUAGGAAGACCUGCUUGGGCAGUCCGCCUACUACAUCUGAAUUAUUGAAUUUCAUGCGUUGGAGCUGGUUGGGUGGGUAGUUGUACGUGAACUUUGCCCUUGAUAUCGUGCCUUCGAGUUCCCCGGGGCGGCUGUCGAGUUUUGGUUUCACAAUUUCAUAGUCAAUUAAAUACUUGUUAAUUUAGCAUGCUACUAUCCUCCAUUUAAGUAGCCACAUAAUUUGUACCUAGUCUGGCCAACAGGGUUGCACCCCCGUUGAGGUUAAGCCGAGCUUGCAGUACCGGGAGCGGGAGGUCAACUUUUGGAAUCGCCACUUUCUUGUUUUGAAAAUUGCCCUUGCCGUCUCUGUGACUGCCCACGUUGGAAUUGCAGAGCAGACCAGAGUGUGUGCAUUCCGCCCCGUUACCAGGCCAGAUCGGCGGGCGACGCUUGCAAGCGAGUUCUCCUAUUCCCGAUCACAUCAGCCGGAGCUUGAACCUUUUACUACAUUCGGCGCAUCGGCCAAUCGGAGCCACCUUAACGUUCCAUUUGUUCGCUGUCUGAAAGUAGUCAGAAGCAGCCAUCCCAGUCUUUCCCCUUCCCUGCUCUGACAGCAAUACUUCUCAUAUACUUAUUCUCGCCUCUCCUGCCCUCCCCCCUCCAGCAUGAAAUCAAAUCCAGCAUAAGUGCGCCCCUCAGGGCCAUCUCCUCAAAGUCGAACGAAGAGAGAAACCACGAGGCCGGUGAGAGCGAUAGCAGGACCUGUGAGCAGUGUUCAACUUGCUGCCGCUUGGAACUCGCCUCAGCUCUCAAACCCUUCUACUCGCGAGGUGCGCCCUGCACUGAGGAACAGUGUGACCUUCUGAUUGGCGUUCGUAGGCUAAUCCUCAGCAGCCAGGGCCUGACGCCAAAGGUCUUCCUCCAGGCCCUAUUUGAUGAACCUUCUGACGCCGAUUGUGCGCCGACAACUGCAAGAAAGGUUAGUAGGAGGAAAAAAACCUCAAACAAAUCUCUUUCAAAUGGGUGUGCACAUUUAGUGUCUCUUCUGGGUGCAACCGGAGCGCAGUAUGGACCGUAGUCCUCCGACUGUCCGUCGCUCGCCGAGGACGGAGGCUGCGUGAUGCGGCCUGGUGGAUGAAGGGUUUCCUGUUGCACCUGUGCGCGGUAGUGGACGUCUCUGGGGCAGUUUUUCGACGGUGGACAGCAGAACGCAGUUGCCUGUCAAGUUUGGAAAACCGGCCGCAGACAGCCGGAUCGUUCUUACGGAACUCACUCGUUCCGUUGUGCCUUAUGGACUCUCCCUCGAGCGAGUUCGAGCCUCGGGGGUUCCACACUUCGGGGUUGGGUAUGACUGGCUGACGACGCAUAGUAAGCCAGAACUGGCCAUUCCAGUCUCCCUUGUCUUUGUUGGUAAUACCAUUUAGCCUAUUAUUCAUAAUAAGUGGGGAAUUGGUACUAUAUGACCGUUCGAUUGGCGAUUUUGACACCGUAUGCUCCACAGCAGGCUGAGAGCAGGGACGGUGACUUGCGCGCGAAUUAUCUUAUGACGGUGGCGGGCUUGCGCAGCACCUAUCGCACUCACCCCCUCCCCACCUGGACUCGGUAUCUUGACGUGCUGAAGAAAACCGAAGGUGGGAGAGGCUACAGGUGGCUGGCGCGGCGUGAACCCGCACCUGGGCGUACCACUUCAAACCCCAGGUUCACAACAUACACUUAGGUCAGUAUAGGUCAGUAAUAGGCAAUGCCUUUGAAAACCCUAUUGUAAACGGUACAAGCAAUAUACCACUCUAAAUAAACAUGGUACUUAAAUGUUGUCAGUAAUAUACACAUUCAACAGAAUAUUUCCAUGAAAAUGUAGAACCAAAACUUGAGAACAUUCAGUUGUAGAUGAUUUCAGGAUUCCGAACUCCGACCUAGCCCCCGUUUUGGUCCAACGCAGCUACCACGCUGCCCGCUUACUGUGUAAUCUUAUGAAAUGUUCACAAAAAUUCCAAAGUGUGUUUCUGACUAGAAAGAAACACUUGGUUGGAGCUAUAAUAUUGACUAUUGCGCCGCAUAAUUCUAAGAUAGUUCAGUCACGCCUCUCUUAAAUUCACUUUAUUCCAGCCGACUGCAAGAACCACAUUUGGCAAAAUAAAAUGACCACACCCUCCGUUACCCUGUUACAGAUGUGUUUACCCAUGAAACAUUCCAAAAUACGCUUUCGGUUCGAAAAGAUUACCUAGGUAGGGUUGUAAAAUUAAUCAUCGAACAGCAUAAUAAAUCAGUUGCUUCAUGGUGCCGGCUUUCGAACUUCUUUCCGGUCGCCUGCAAAAACUGCCCGGCAAAAACGACUACUUAUGUGUUAUGCAUUUUCCCCUCAAGGACGGAGGCUGCGUGAUGCGGUCUGGUGGAUGAAGGGUCUCCCGUCGCACCUGCCUGCGGUGGUGAAUGUGACCGGCACGCCACUGCUGGACGUCGGUCUUCUUUGAUGUUGGACAGCAGAGCGGUGUCCAGUCACGCUGCGUGGUUCGCAAUAACACGUCAAACUCGAGAACGGAUUUUAUUUCCGCCAAAUGCGGUUUCCAGUUGCCCGCAGACAGCUGAAUAUUUAUAAUAAGCGCGAAAUUGAUACCAUACGACAGUUCGGCUGUCGAUUUCGACUAUGUUCACCGUGUAACUCUGCAGUAGAGUGAGAGUAUGGAUGGUGACUUACGUGUAAACAAGUUUAUAGUAAUAGUGGACUUGCGCAGCAUCUACGCACUCCCUCCCCCCCCCCCAUCCCACCUGGAUCCCGUGUCAAGAACGAUUCCACAAGGCCGGAGCCGGUGGAGGGCGCAGGUGGCCUGCGGUGCGGAGACCCGCACCUAGACGUACCACCACACCUCCCUGAUCCCUGACCAGGAUUUUAUACUGCAACAAAAACGGGAUGCCUCACGGACCCCAAUUGGCGCGGAGUGAGCGGGCAGCUGGGCGGACCACAGUCCAAUGUUGGCAUUUGUUGUGGGUGCACAUUCCUGGCAACGCCUGUCGAACUGCGAUCUAGCUCCCGUAUUUGUCCAGCGCAUCUACCACGUGGCUUAUCUCAUGAACUGUUCGUCAAAAUUCUAAAAUACUUUUUUUCACUUUGAAAGGAUCACUUUGGUGGGAUCGUAAUAUUUAUUAUUGCCGAGUAUAAUCCCAAGAGCCAUGUCGCUCUUGAAUUCACAUGUUUCCAGCCGCCUGCAGAAACCACACCCGGUAAAAAAUGACCAGCUAUGUAGUAUGAGUUGUUCCACUGGUUUUUUAAGCCCUCAUAAAUUCAAAUAUACUUUCUAGAAAACAUGCCCAAAAAUAUCCGUUUUUUCAUCCAUUCGGCAGCAGAUUACAUCUUCAAAUUUUGUACUUGAAGGAAGGGUGAAAUUCGGUUUUAGGUUUUUUUUCCCAUUCUUGAUUAAUUUUGGACCACUUGACUAUGGGAUUAUAAUGAUACCACAUAGUGCUCACAGGAGCAAUGAACAGCCAGGUGCGAUGUUGCAUCAAUGUACAUUCUACAGUCUCAAAACCUCUUAUACUUACGAGAUUCUUAAAGCCAGUCUCAAUCCCUAGGUGUCAACUUUAACAAAGACGCAAUCGCUACCAGAUUAGUACAAGGAGGAUAUUUUUGCGCACGUUUUCUUUAAAAUAUAUAUUUGAAUAUAUGAGUACAACGAAAAUUAACGGAGAAGUCCAUAAGCAGUCAACUUUCGUCGAAUGUUGCUUUUGCAGGAGGCUGGGAAGAAGUCGAGUCGUGUGUGGCACGCACAGACAGUCUGUUUUGAGUUGUCGGCCAUCGCUUCCGAGCCCACCUUCGGUCUUGCCACCGGAUCAUGGUAGCCGUGGGAGUGUGGUGGAUGCUUCGCAAGUCAGCCUCGCUAUAAACUAGUUUGCGCGCAAGCAAUUCCUUCGGAGUUCACUUAGUGAAACAGCGGCGGGCGUUGUCAUCAGGCGCAAAGACGCACCCAAGUCACGUUCCUUCCAUCUUACAUCUUUCAACCAGUUUGCCGACUUAAAUCUGGAGAAUUCCAGCUCUUCCGAGACCAAAUGUUUUGAGGCACUCUUAUGCCCGUCGAUCCGAUUGAUUUUCACCUCCAAUUGGUAGUACUAGCUCAGCGCCUCCGCCUUUUGUCAAAUAUGGCAGGUUCAACUCCUAAAAUAUUUCCUCUACUUGCAGACCUAGUUGUCACCCUCUAUUUGGUUUUCAACGCCAUUCCCGCCCGUAGUACGUUGGUGCGUACUCCAACCAUGCAUCAAUUUAUGUUAAAUCUGUAUGCUAUUUAAGGAUUCUCAGUAGUUCCUUUAGCGGGAUUUAUUUUUCACUCUUCCUACCUACGGUCGUCGGUAAUUCUACAGCUGGUGAAUGGCGCGUAUACAGGGGCUUCUUACCUGACAACCACAUCAUUCAGUCCGUAAUUUGAAUCUAAGCGGUGCAUUGAGCUACUGGCUGUCACUUCCUAGUAUUGCGAAAUGAUUGAGGCUAUUCUAUCAAAUUUUUUUCUCCGGAGGCUCCAGUUUUCUGUCGGAAUUGCCGUCCACGACACGGCCGUCCCCUAAUCUCUUCAUGACAGAUUUUCAUAUCUGUCUUCUACCUCUCUUGCCCUCCACAGGACUGGCUGUACAUUCUGAAGAAGUUCGCCCUCUACGCGCCCAUCAGCACGCUUAACUUUCAACUCCGUGGCAAGUCCAGAAUGCAGUUAUGCCAAGUCCACCUUCUGCCAACGGUUGUGCGGGACUUUCACAGGGAGCACUCAGCAGGAGUUGAGCGUUUUCUGGCCGAAUCGCACCCAAACGCUGACUGGAACUGUGCCCUGUCAUCUGAAGACGAACAACAGCAGCAGCAGCAGGAGGAGGAGAAACAGCAGAGGCCGAUGCCCAGUGCCUCUCUGCGCUGGUUCCUAGACAUUGCCUGCUCCCUCUGCUCCUCCGACCUGAGGGGUCUGCUCAAAGAAGUGCGCUGCGUUGAGAUUCUGCUCGAGCUGCUGCCUCCCGCUGCUGCUGCUGCCACCCCAACCGGCAGGGGAGGGAAAUCGGUCUUGAUGAACACCAUGGCACGAGACAGGGCUGAUUUGGCGCUUGCCGUGGCGUUUGACUAUUCCCUCUGCUGA